UUUCAUCACCUCGCCCCGGGGGCACCAUGCUGCCUGCGCCUGUGUAUCGUGCUGCUUUUUUUUCCAGUCCUGCCUUCUCUCUCUCUCUCUCACACUCAUGCACACUCAUUCUCUCCCCGCGGUAUUAUUCUGAGUCAGCCAGUGGCAAGCUAUGGUUUGUUGUUUGUGGUCAACCCAGCUGUAUGGGGUAGCAGUAGCUGUCAGUGACUGAUCAGCUCUCCAUGGCCUAUCGUCCCUCCAGCUCUGGCUCCUACACUGUGGUUAUCAUCCCGCUUAAGACCAGUCUGUGCAGCGUGGACGCACUUCGCUUCUACCUAUGGAUUAAACGGUUGAAGGAUCUGGAGAAGGAGAAGGACGCUCUGUGGUCUGGUCUGGAGAUUCUGGAGAAGGCUCGGCUCUGGUAUCUCCAGCGGCUGGAGGAGAACAGGGCUUGGCAGGAUAGCAUCGAAAGCAGAAGUGGGUUUGUCUCCAGAAAUGAAGAUGGAGCAGAGGCUCGUUCCUGCCUCCUCAGGUCUCGUAUCCAGCGGGUGAACGGUUCUCUGGGCUCUGUGAUGAGUGAGCCCAAGGCCAUGACCAGCAGCAACCCCUCUCUGCUUGAAGCAGUGGCAGACAGUGACCUCCGGUGGCACAACUCAGUACUGACUCAGGAGGUGAAGAACAAGAACUGUCAAAUAUCCUUGUUAGAACAGGAAAAACACGCUCUCCUCAAUCAACUCCAUGCACUGAAGAACUGCUGACUAUAAGCUUACACGUGUAUUACACCCCAAACUUACAUUUAACUGGAUAUCAUACAAUUAUUUGCAUGUAAAUAUGUAUUUAAAUUAAUAAAUGAUAGUAAAUGAUACAUUAUUUUUUUCUUUGCUUUGUAUGCAGUGAACCAGCCUGACUGGAAGGUUUUUGAAUAACUUGACUGACGUGUUGAAUGUGCUGCAUUUGUUAAUUCCUCAUGACUAUCAUUUAACUUUGACCACUUUAUGCUCUCUGCUGCUGAUGAUACAUUUAGGGUUAUGUCAACAUCCAAGUAUUCCCACAAAUUUGUUCCUGCACUAUUUGUCUAAUUAAAAUGUAAAAGUAUAUUAAAUAACAACUGCAAGUCCAGAAAAAGAUGCCUUCAUUUGAACCGUAACACCUUCUAGUUUCUGUAAAUGUGCUUGCUGGGCACGUGAAUAAAUCAUAUUCUAACUGUAAGAGACCCUGUGAAUAUAUUCAGUUGUAUGUAGAUGUACAGUUGAAUAAUAGAUACACCUGGAUCACUGCAUUGAUUCUUUAUGAAAUGAAAUGUCUCCAUGUUUGGAGAUACUCUCUGAAAUGGAUGGACACAACAUGACUAAACUGAUACCACAUGAGCAAAUUAAUUAUUUUUUUUUUCCUUUACUGAAUGCACUGAGUAAGUGCAAUAAGUGAGCAAUAGUGUUUAGUACUUCUCCAAAAGACACUUGAAGCAAAGUAAUCUCAUUAUAAUAAAGGCUUGCAAAUUUGAGAGACUAGCCCAUGUCUCAGUUUUAAUUACGUUCAUUUCAAUGUAAUUUAUAUAGCACUAAGUCACAAAACUAGUUGCCUCAAGGUGUUUUAUAUUUAUAUUUAUAUUAUUAGCAAGACAAUCCCAACAAUCACACGAACCCCCAACAAGUUAGCAGUUGGCAACAGUGGGAAGACAAAUUUACUUUUAACAGGAUGAAACCUUAAACUGAACCAGGCUCAGGGAGGGGCAGCCAUCUGUUACAACCAGUAGUUGAUCACUUAAUGAGAAGUACAGAGAUUCACAUUGGUGGAAAAGUGAACAAAAGAAUGAUCAUCAAUUCACAUUAAGAAAAACUGCUGAUAGCUAAAUGACUGUUGCUGCUACUGUCUUUAGAGGGUGUCCUGUAAAGAUUACAAGAAGAGCUCAAGAAACAAUCCUGGAAGAGUUGUUCAAAACAAAACAAAAUUUUAAAAAACGGAGAAACAAAAAUAUACAACACUGUUUCGAGGGGACACGGUACGGGACAUCAGCUGCAAAGCCUCAUUCCCACUGUAGAGCACGGUGGAGGGAGCAUCAUGGUUUUGGGCUGCUUUGCCAUCUCAGGGCCUGGACUGUGAGAAGUCACUGAGGGGACAAAUGGUUUAAGGUGGUAUUUUGAAGUGGUUACUUCAAAGAUGGGAACCAGGUCACAGUGAGUUCUCUUCAGAGCAGUAAGUCUGGUUUCAAUCAGCUUGCAUUCAAUGAAAUCAAACUGGCAAAUAAAUCCAUUCUUUUUAUGGAAAUAUUGUUAUUAGCUGUAAUUUUAAAAAAGAAUCUAUUACUGUCUGCAUUUACUGGAAUUUACAAUAAGUAGGGAUGGCUGUAGCUCAGGAAGUACAUCUACAAAUUAGAAGGUUGAUGGUUCAAUCCCUGGCUGCUCCAGUCUGCAUGCCAAAUUUACUUGGGCAAGAUACUAACCCCAACUUUCUCUCCAAUUGGAGUAUGAAUGUUGAAAUUCCUUUACUAAUAGUGACAUGGUUGCUUAACUUCAGAAUGAAAUAGGCACUCCGUUGGGCUCAUUCGCUGUAGCUGGCUCAGAGUGAUUGCAGUGUGUGCGAAAUCAGUUUGCAUUUAUAAAUUAUCUGGCGAGUGAUUGCAGUCAGUUUGGAGACAUGUUGCGUCCCACCAGGCAACCUGUACAAUUGCCUUACAAUCUAAAGUGGUCGGU